GAGUUGGGAAGUCUCUCACACCCGUGAACAUUCUCUCUCUCUCUCUCACUUUCUUUCGAAUCUCUCUUUUUUUCUUUCUAUUUCCAGUCUCCAUCCUCUCCGGCGGCGUCCCAGCAAUCGUGUGUCCUGUUCUCAGAUUGAGAGAACAGUGGGCGAUGGCCAUUCGCCUUGUUCUUCCCUAUUUUUCACUGCACACGAUCAAACAACGAAUGCUCGAUCAAUCAUUUGGCAAUAGCUAACCUUCCCUCUAUAAAAGAUCUCCGAUUCUCUCUGCUAUUCACUGGGUUAUGAGAUCGGACAACCCCUUUUACACUGACUCAAAAUGGGUAAACUUUAAUUUUUCUCUAAUCAUUGAGCUCAAGAGGUUUCCCACGAUUGGAAGGAGCUUCAAAGUUACUACCUUUAUGAUAUUGCUUUGCUAGAAGUCACUCUGUUUCUGAUUCCUGCUUAUUUUGGAUUGAGCUGUUGGAUUUCUUACUUUUCUUCGUACAACGUCGAUGGGUAUCCCUCAAAUUUUGUAGUUUUGUAUUAGAUCAAAUCUCCUCAAGUUUCUUUUUCCAGAUCCGCCAGCCGUUGUUGAAAUUGACAGAGAUAUGUGAAGAAGUUCAAUAUAAUAAUUUAUGGUGCCCAUUAAAGAAAGAAGAUUCUUGCUGAUUUCUCUGUUUUAUCUGUUCUUAUAUAUGGAGUUUCAUGGAAGGCAAUUUCAAUUUCUACAUAUUGGAUAUUAUUAAACUCUGUAGAAAGAUUUGGACGUUUCAAUGGCUUCAAUUCGAAGGACACUGUCUCCUUUGCCUAGACCUGGUAGUGUUUCAAACGGUGAAGCAGUCUCAUUAGCUUCUCCUUUGUCCAGAUCUUCAUCUGCUCAGCCUCAAUCUCAAUCCCAUCAUCCGCCAAUCGGUGUUCUUUCUUCUUUGCUUAGUUUUCUAGACUAUCUGUUGUAUAGGAUUCAAUACUCUAUACUUGGUCUUUUCUCAAAUAGAUCUUCAAGGCCAUUAGAGAGGUCAAAACUGAAAGGACAAAUUUGGAGGAGAUAUAUUUUCCAUUUCAUCAUAUGUUUCGCUGCUGGUAUUUUUCUUGGACUCACACCAUUUGCUUCCACGAAUCUCUUCUUCAAACAACAUCAAUCCUUCUCUUUCGACACAGUUCCUCCUCGUCUGGAAACGAACUCGACCCCAUUAGUAGAUGGUUCUGUUUUGGAUAAUGAAGAAGUCACAGAGCUGGUUCAAUUUGAUCAUCUGGGUUCUGACAGGGAGUUUCAUAAGCUUUUGAUUGUUGUGACACCAACGGAUUCAGGUCCAUUUCAAGCAUAUCGACUGAACCGUUUGGGACUUACGUUGAAGCUAGUUCGAUCUCCUCUUUUGUGGAUUGUGGUGGAUUUGUCUUCUCAGUCUGCUGAAACUGAAACAGCUGAUAUUUUGAGGAGAAACAGUGUCAUGUAUAGGCAUCUUGUCUGCACUAACAACAACUUGACUGAGGCUAAAGAUAAAAGAGUUCACCAAAGAAACACGGCAUUAUCCCACAUAGAAAAACAUCGUCUUGAUGGAAUCGUGUACUUUGCAGACGAGGAGAAUAUUUAUUCGGUUGAUCUCUUCGAAGAUAUGAGGAAGAUUUUGCGAUUUGGGACGUGGACUGUAGCGAGAUUAAUGGAGAGAACCGACGCUAUCCUUGAGGGCCCCGUUUGUAAUGAGACACGAGUUAUCGGGUGGCACGUACAUGGAAGAGUUAGAAGAUUUCGAAGAUUCCAUUCUGAGAUGCCCGGUUUUGCCUUUAACAGCACCAUACUUUGGGAUACGAAUAGAUGGCAUCGACCCACUAUUGAACCGAUAAGGCAUGUGGAUGUUGUAAACGUAGGAGAUCAAGCGAGUUUCUUCAUAGCACAAGUUGUGGAGGACGAAAGCCAAAUGGAAUGCUUACAGCAGAACUCAUCAAAAGUUCUUGUUUGGCAACAUCAUUCUGAAUCAUCGAAUCCUUAUCCUCCUCGGUGGCAUAUGAAGAACAGUCUUGAUGUGACGAUUCCACUGGCUUGAAAAAUUGUUUCGUUGGAUCUGCAAUGGUUCAAGAUUCUACUAUUGGAUUGGUUGGAGGAGGAAACUAGAAGCAAACGGUUGCCUUUGAGAAUUUUUUGACACGAUUUUUUAUAGUUUUGUGUCUUUGAACAUUGUUUGUUCUUCUAAGCUUCAAUUAAUGCCCUUGGAAAGUGUGAAUGAAUGUAUUCAUUGAAGUUUAGAUCUUGUGUAAUCCAUGUUGUUGUAUCUGAAAUAGCAUUUCAAUUGUUUUGUGACA